UCCCCCAAGCAAAUUCCCCAAUUGGCUACUUUUCCUUCACACAACUCCAAACAAACCUUCUGCUUAAAUUCACAUGCUCCACUGUCAUUUCAAACACAAAGCACAAGAACAAAAUAGCACCUGAAGAACAAAGAAUCAAACAAUAAAAACACACACAUACACUAAAUUUUUUUCCCUCUCCCUCCAUUUUCAUAUUCCUCAUUUAAGCGCCAUGGAUAAAUCCCACCUCCAUGGCCUCUCCAAAUAUUUCAUCCUAAUAUUUUUCUCUCUUUCUUUAGUAUUUGCAUCUGCCAACAAACCCAAUAGCACAGUGCAAAUUAACUCGAAUUCCAUCCUAGUCGCACUUCUUGAUUCGUCCUACACCGAGUUAGCUGAGUUGAUAGAGAAGGCUCUUUUGUUACAAUAUCUGGAAGAUAUGGUGGGCAAACACAAUCUUACCAUAUUUGCUCCGAAGAAUGAGGCUCUAGAACAGGACUUGAAUCCGGAGUUCAAGCGAUUUUUGCUUGAACCUCGAAACCUUAAGUCCCUCCAGAGCCUCAUUCUUCACCACAUUGUCCCUUCUCGAGUCAACUUAACUAAACAAGCUGAGUUCACUCGGAAAAGGGCGUUGUCCAACCACCAUCUCCGCCUUUCAUUGAAUAACAAGAGAAUGGUGGUUGAGGAGUCGGUUGAGGUAAUAGACAAAAACUCAAUAAUAAAACCUGAUGGAUUAAUCCAUGGGAUCGACAGGGUUCUCGUUCCUCAUUCAGUUCUAGAGGAAUUCAAUAAUCGUCGGGAGCUCCGCUCUAUAUCAGCGGUGCUCCCAACGAGCGCACCAACAAUGGAUUCUCGAAAGAGGACCCAACAUCGAGGUGCAAAGAUGGGACCAGCUGGUGCACCACCAGCUGUUCCCAUCUUUGACGCACUGGCGCCAGGGCCUUCACUAGCCCCGGCGCCAGCACCUGGACCUGGCGGGCCCCACCAUCAUUUCGAUGGGGCCAGCCAGGUAAAGGACUUCAUCACUACCCUAACCCAUUACGGAGGCUACAACGAGCUCGCCGAUAUCCUCGUAAACUUGACAUCGUUAGCCACAGAGAUGGGGAGGCUGGUUUCGGAGGGGUAUGUAAUUACAGUAUUAGCCCCCAAUGAUGAGGCCAUGGGUAGGUUGACAGCUGACCAGCUAAGUGAGCCAGGAGCUCCAGAACAGAUAAUGUACUACCACAUAAUACCAGAGUACCAAACGGAAGAGAGUAUGUACAGUUCAGUGAGGCGUUUUGGUAAAGUAAACUAUGAAACGUUGCGUUUGCCUCAUAAGGUUAUGGCAGAGGAAGCUGAUGGGUCGGUCCGGUUUGGUCAAGGUGAAGGGUCGGCUUAUUUGUUUGACCCGGAUAUUUAUACGGACGGUCGGAUCUCUGUUCAGGGUAUUGACGGCGUUUUGUUUCCGUCGGAGGAAGUUAAGGCGCCGCCGGCUGUGAAAAAGGUUGUUGCUAAGCAAAGAAGAGGAAAAUUGAUGGAAGUAGGGUGUACGUUAGCUGCAGCACUUGGACAUGAUUCAUAUUUUGCAUAUUGCAGUCGAUGAAUAUACUUUCAUUUUAAACGAUUAUUAUUUGUAAGAUGAAGAAGUAAUGUGUCGUGAUGAAAAAAAGAACAGCAGAAAAAUCUUUAGCUAUGUAAAAUGUUGUAGGUUUAAAAUGUCAUCGAAAUUGUAUGAAGUUUGGGGAACGAAGUUUUCCAACUUAUUAGGAAUCUACCUCAGAUUCUUAAUCCUUGAUUAAAGAGAUUAUUUAUGUAGGAAUUCUUUUGGGAAGAUCUUUGUAAUUAGAAAAGCAAUUCUUUGAUUACAAUUUAUAUUUAUGUAUUUUAGAAAAGGGGAGUUGUUGUUGUGUAGGGUUGGCCACCGUGUGACAAGUGGAAUUUUGGUAUAAUUGGCUUGGUUUGAUUUUGUAUUACGUAUUCCCAACAUAAACUCAAAAAUCUAGUUCCAUCAUGACUUGCUAAGA